AUGCUGAAGAAACUGAUAUCGAAGACCAAGAGCAAGAAGAAGAAGGAGGCUGCCUCUUCUUCCCUCCCCACCUUGGAUCGACUACAUGAGACCCUAGAAAUGCUGGAGAAGAAAGAGCGUUUGCUUCAGAAAAAGUCUUCCGCGGAAAUAGAAAAGGCUAAGGACUAUACAAAGGCAAAGAAUAAGAAUGCUGCAAUUCAGUGUUUAAAGAAAAAGAAGUUGUAUGAGACACAGAUUGAGCAGCUAUCAAAUUUUCAGUUGCGAGUUCAUGAUCAGAUUAUAAUGCUUGAAAAUGCGAAGGCAACAACUGACACUGUUGAUGCUUUGCGCUCUGGGUCAUCUGCUGUCAAAGCUAUUCAACAGUCCCUGAGUAUUGAUGACAUUGAGAAUGCAAUCGAAGAGGCGAACGAGCAUACGGAAAAUAUGAAACAGAUACAGGAUGCACUUGCUACACCAUUCGGUGCUUCGGCUGAAUUCGACGAGGACGAGUUGGAGGCAGAACUGGAAGACCUCGAGGAGGAAGAACUGGACCUGGAGCUGCCUGAACCGCCGCGGGGGACACACGUGGCACCAUCAACGUCGGCUGCGACUUCUCGACCGGCGGCUAGCGAUUUCGCUGAACUGACCAAACUUCAAGCAGAGAUGGCGCUUUAG